GAAAUAAAAUGUCAGAUCACACACCUGAAGAACCCUCCACCCAUCAAAACCCCCUCUUUCAUCCCUCCAAAAUCAUUGAAUCACUAUUAACCCUCUCCAUUGCUACCCACUCCGUCAACAAGAUCUUGAGCAGGGCUUCAGCCCGUUCAGAGAUCAAGUUGAUCGAGUCACGCCAUAAGCAAUACUCAACUGACCUCAUGAUGAACAAUCUCAGAGUGAUGAUAGAUUCGAUGGUGAAGAGCAGAGAUCCAGCAGAGAUUACGGGGAGAUUUGAUGUGAAGGAGGAAAGUGAGGAGAUGUUUAGGAGAAGGAGUGGGAGUUUAGGGGCAGAUGAGAGGAAGGCGGAGGUGAAGGCUGUGGGAGAGAAAUAAAAUGACUCUUGCAUAUUCUCAGCCGUUUGUAGAGACUAAAGGGGGAGAGGAGGAAGAGUCGCAGGUGAAGAUUGAAGAAAAGAAGAAAUUGUUAAAGUAUUUUGAUGGUUGUCAGGACUGGACUUCAGAAGAAGAGCCAAAAGCUGCUAAAGCAGACUCUUUCCUUUCUGGGCAGGUUAAGCUGAAGCCUGAUCCUGCAUUUGAAAACCAAACAAGGGGUGUUAAAAGACGAGGAAUAAUGUUUAUUUCAAAAGCACCUACAAAGAAAACAGAGAGUGCUCGUUCGACCACCUCCUUCCUUGGACGUCAAGUAGCAGAACAGAUUUAUACUAGUCAGGCUUUGACAGAGAGAAUCACUGAGCAGAUACCCCUCACUGAUCUUCCACCAGAAGAAGAGGAGGAAGUUUCUAUUCAAAGAAUGAGAGCUACAAAGCUCAGAGAAUCAAUGAGAAAAGAAAAAGACAUGAAAGAAAGAAUGGAAAUUCAAAGAAGAAAUGAAGAAAUAGCCAGGAAGAAUAAAGCAAAUUUUGAUAAAUUACCUAAAAACUAUACCUAUGACUACCAAGGAAGCCUUGUAUUCGUAAGAAAGCCUAACUCUGAACAACUUCCAGGCGAUUUCCAUGUCCCAAAAAUUGCCAAAAAGUCACUCAAAAAACUAAAAAUUCCAAAAUAAGCUUGGAUUAGACACAACUGAUGAACUCCUUUUAAAACAUUUUUCUAACAAGCAAGGGAAUGGAAAGCUUAAACUGAAAUCUUCGUCCAAAGGUUCCAAGAAUUACCAAAACCCUCUUGACAGACCUGGAUUCAAAGGAAUGGAAAAUGCAAUUGAACCUGGAGGAUCUAAUUUUGAAAGCAUGAUUGCCUCAGAUGGAGUUUCUAUAAAAGAAGGUACUAAGAGCAAGCUUGGAAAGCCAGCAAGGUAUAGUAUGAACCACUCGAUGACUCGUCAAGAAUACCUCAACGAUAGCACCCAAAGCUUGACUCUUAACAACAAAACUCUCGAUUUCACCCUCCCUAGCUUCAAAGACCCCUCACAAGACUCAAUCCUCGACCUAAACUCUUCUCUAAACCCCCUUCCCCUCGAAGACUCCGCCCUACACCCUCCUCCCGAACCCCUCUCCGUCUCCAAAAGCCACCAAAUCCUGCCUCCAAUCUCCAUGCCCAACCUCCCCCACACUCUCUCCCAAUCCCUUCACCAGACCUCUUCACUCUCAAGAUCUUUCCUGACUGACAAAGUCACAAUUCCUCCUAAAAAUCUCCCCUUCGUGCAGAAAUCUUUAGUAAUUCCUAGCCUGAAAACCUCCCGGUCGCACGCUUCAGUGAAAUCUUUCUUGCCGAAGAACCCGCCGCCGUUGAGUAGGUUCAACCCGUUGCCGGCCAAGGUGGAUACUGGACUUAAGCUAGGAAAUCACGGUUCUUCAAGCUUGGGAAGGAUUGUCAAAAGAGAUUCUCUCAGGUAUGAAAAAGAGGACUAUAAGGGCGGUUUUGGACCAGAAGAAGUAGCCAAGAAGUUCAAUGAUUUCAACAGAGCAUUGCUUGUUGGCAAUGGAGGAGAGAUAAUGAAGGGGAAAGUUGCCAGGAAACCUAUAAUCAAUCGUAAUCAUUUAGACUCUUGGAGAGCGAGAUAA